CCUUCCAGAAUCCAGUCAACAACACACCUAGGACAUGGUAGGAGUAACCUGGAAAGGAGCUAGAGGUCGUCCUUCUCUUCCCUCCAGAGGAUGCUCCCAACCUCCUGCUAUGACAGAGGAGAGAAGGGUCUCAGCUCCUUCUGUUUCCUUCCGGGAUAAGACUGAAUACCAGGAUCUGUUCAAACCUCUCCCUAAACCUGAACCUAUACCACAGCUAACCUCAUUCAAGAUCGAGACGAAGUCCUGGAGACAGCUCCAGGAGGAGAGAGAAGCAAUGGUGAACCAUGAGAUAGAGAGAACCAAGAAAGAGUCUGAGACAAUGUGGAACCGGGCCAGGACGGAGGAUAUGAAAAGAAUUGAGAUGAUACAGAACGAAAGAGACAGGAUGGAACGAGAGACGAGGACUAGAGAGGAGUUACUCCAUAUAGAGAGGUUAGAGCGGGAAAAGAAGGAUCGAGCAAGGAAGGAGGAGAUCAGGAGACAGGAGGAGCUACUCUCAGGGAGGAACUUGAGAGCAAAGACUACUGAUCCUAGUGUGGAGAGAUUGAACCAGGGCCUGGGUGGGAUCCAAAUUUACCACUAUAAGGAUCCAGCUGUGGCAGACAUUUUGAAAAAGACUCGUGAAGAGGAGAUGCGAAGACGAGCCAGCCAACCAGAAGCCGCGUUGUUUACACCGAACCAAACCAAACUAGAAAAUAGAUUCUCUUCUAACCAAUCAGAAGAUGGUGUGGAACACGAUCGUCCUACAGGGUUCGUUUCUCAAGUAUCUCAGGUUCAGUACGUGACAAACCCGGAGCUAUCAGGACGAAGAAUCGGAGUUCAGGAUCAGGGAUUAGUUUCAAGUUCUCGGAGCUGGGAGGAGUCGGGCUCCGGAAACCUCUAUAGGUCGGUAAUGGAAGGGAAAGAGUUUUUCAAGGGUGGUAUAGUUACUAGAUCCCAAUCAUCUUCAUCAUCCAGCACAACUUCAAGAUAAACUAGAACCUGGAGCACAACUUCAAGAUAAACUAGAACGUGGAGCCCAACUUCAAGAUUAACUAGAAUCUGAAGCACAACUUCAUGAUUAACUAGAACGUGGAGCACAAUUCAAGAUAAACUUGAAUCUGGAGCCCAACUUCAAGAUAAACUAGAACCUGGAGCCCAACUUCAAGAUAAACUAGAAUCUGAAGCACAACUUCAUGAUUAACUAGAACGUGGAGCCCAACUUCAAGAUAAUCUAGAACCUGAACACAAUUUCAAGAUAAACUAGAGCCUGGAGCACAGCUUCAAGAUAAACUGGAACCUGGAGCCCAACUUCAAGAUAAACUAGAACCUGAACACAACUUCAAGGUAAACUAAAACCUAGAGCCCAACUUCGAGAAAAACUAGAACCUGGAGCACAGCUCCAAGAAAAACUGGAACCUGGAGCCCAACUUCAAGAUAAACUAGAGCCUGGAGCACAACUUCAAGAUAAACUAGAACCUGGAGCCCAACUUCGAGGUAAACUUAAACCUGAAGCACAACUUCAAGAUAAACUAGAACCUGGAGCCCAACUUCGAGAUAAACUAGAAUCUGGAGCACAGCUCCAAGAAAAACUGGAACCUGGAGCCCAACUUCAAGAUAAACUAGAACUUGGAGCACAACUUCAAGAUAAACUAGAACCUGGAGCACAGCUUCAAGAUAAACUAGAACCUGGAGCACAGCUCCAAGAAAAACUGGAACCUGGAGCCCAACUUCAAGAUAAACUAGAACCUGGAGCACAGCUUC